AUGGACGCCAGUCAGGAGGACCUCGAGGAACGACCUUUGCGCAUAGGCAUAAACGGCUUCGGCCGUAUCGGCCGACUUGUGUGCAGGGCGGCCCGCAACCGUGGCUUAACCACCGUGGCCAUCAACGACCCGCAGCUCGGCGCCAAGUAUGCCAGCUUCCUCUUAACUCACGACACCGUCAUGGGCCGCUUCGAGGGUGAGGUGUCCACCAGCACGGAGAGGGACGACUGCUUCCUCAUCGACGGCGAGCCUGUGCACGUCACACAAAGAACCGACCCGGGUGAGGUACCGUGGGGAGCUUCAGGUUGCGACUAUGUCGUGGAAUCCUCCGGGAAGUUUCUGACCACCGCCCUGUGCCGGGAGGGUCACAUCAAGAGAGGCGGAGCCGAGCGCGUCAUCAUGACCGCCCCGAGCAAGGACGCCGAAACACCAAUGUAUGUCUUCGGGGUGAACCACGAAUCGUAUGCGCUGGAUCAGCCCAGCGUGGUCUCCUGUGCAUCAUGUACAACUAACGCCUUGGCACCGCUCGCGAAAAUCAUCGACGACAACUUUGGCCUUUCCGAGGGCCUGAUGACCACGGUGCACGCGCUGACCAUAUCGCAGCCCACCGUCGAUAGUGCCAACCCCAAGGAUUGGCGCAGGGGACGCAGUGGCAUGAGCAACAUCAUCCCCACAAGCAGCGGAGCCGCCAGCUCUCUUGGAAGGAUUCUUCCAACGCUCCGAGGAAAGCUCACGGGCUUUGCUCUCCGCGUGCCUGUCGCAGACGUGUCACUCCUGGACCUCACGUGUGUCCUUGAGCGCCCCACGACGAUCGAUGAGAUCAAGGCUGCGGUUAAGCUCGCCGCCGAGGAAGAGUUCGAGGGUCUUGUUCGAUACACGGACGAUCCGGUUGUCAGUUCUGACUUCAUCGGCGACCCGAGUUCGCUGAUCUUUGACUCAGCCGCUGCGGUGGCGACGUCCCCCCACCUGGUCAAGCUCCUCGCGUGGUACGACAACGAGUGGGGGUACAGCUGCCGCGUGGUGGACAUGAUGAUGCACAUGUGGGAGGCUGAUAAGAUGAGACAAGGGCUCAAGAAUCCCGUGGCGUAA